CACAAUCUUUUUAUUCUUGUAUUUGUUUAUUCGUCGGUUCUCUUAUAAACUCUUGCCAGGUUUUCACCACUCCACGGUGAAUCCAAAGCCAAACAUUGCAUUACAGUAACUCUCAACUUUUUAUUCUCUUUCUUUUACUCCUUUCCCAUUUGUCGGUUUCAACAUUCUCCACGCCCAUUUUACUGUCACUCACACACAUACACACACAUACAAAAGCUAUAACAACAGAUCACCCCAAUUCGCUCUCUCGCCUCCUUCGCAAGCAACCAACUGGGUUCGUUCUUUUCUUUACUUUUCUUCUUCUUCUCUUCUGAUUCUCGCUCGCCGCCGGAGGCACGUGCGCGCGUCACGUUGCGCGGAGUGAGCGAUCAUUGGUUUCGAGUCACGAGGGUCAUCAUCGUACAUUCCUCGGAUCGAAUUGUGAAGAUGGGCGCGUGUGGCGGUUUUUCGAGUCGGCGGUGAAUUCGGGCGGAAAAUGCGGCGGCGGGCCGCCGAGUAUCGGCGCCCGGUUCGGCGGCGGUUCUCUCAUUGGAUCUGGUUGCUUCUCGGCGCGUUCUCCCUUGCUGGUUUGGUUUUGUUCUUCGUGCAGCACAAUCACCGCGAGGAUCGGAUCCAACAGCCCCUUCUGGAGAAAAAUGCUAUAGUUGAACAUAUUGCCAAGAGAUAUAAUUUUACUGAGGAAAUUUUAAGUGCAACAUCCUUUUCACGGCAGUUAGCGGAGCAAAUGGUUCUGGCCAAGGCUUAUGUGAUUAUUGCCAAAGAGCACAAUAAUCUUCACCUUGCCUGGGAGCUUAGCUCAAAGAUUAGAAGUUGUCAGCUUUUGCUUUCAAAAGCUGCCAUGACUGGGGAGCGUCUGACCAUGGAGGAAGCUGAGCCAAUUAUUAAAAGCUUGUCUUCUCUAAUUUUCAAGGCACAAGAUGUCCAUUAUGACAUUGCAACCACUAUAGCAACAAUGAAAUCACAUAUUCAAGCACUUGAAGAGCGUGCAAAUACAGCAACAGUUCAAAGUACUGUGUUUGCUCAAAUAUCAGCUGAAGCACUACCCAAGAGUCUUCAUUGCUUUAAUGUGAAACUUAUGGCUGAUUGGCUGAAGAUGCCAUCCCUGCAAAAACGAGAACAUGAGAGUAGAAUCUCCCCCCGGCUCACAGAUAACAAUCUAUAUCAUUUCUGCAUUUUUUCAGAUAAUGUACUGGCUACAUCUGUAGUUAUUAACUCAACAGUCAUGAAUGCUGACCAUCCAAAACAGUUAGUCUUUCACAUUGUUACUGAUGGUAUCAAUUAUGGAGCAAUGCAAGCAUGGUUCUUCAGUAGUGACUUUAAAGGGGCUACCUUAGAGGUGCAGAAUAUUGAGGAAUUUUAUUGGUUGAAUGAAUCUUAUUCUCCAAUUGUCAAACAGCUACACAUUCCAGAAUCACGAUCCUUUUAUUUUGGACCUUAUCAAGGUGCAAAUGUUGAGCCAAAAUUGCAAAACCCCAAGUUUUUGUCUUUACUAAAUCAUCUUCGGUUUUACAUUCCUGAGAUUUAUCCACUACUUGAGAAGGUUGUUUUCCUAGAUGAUGAUGUUGUUGUUCAGAAGGACCUAACCCCACUUUUCUCACUGGAUUUGCAUGGAAAUGUGAAUGGAGCUGUUGAAACUUGUCUAGAAGCCUUUCAUAGGUACUACAAGUAUCUCAACUUCUCAAAUUCAAUUAUAAGCUCAAAGUUUGAUCCACAAGCAUGUGGAUGGGCACUUGGUAUGAAUGUGUUUGACUUGUUUUCAUGGAGGAAAGCAAAUGUGACUGCAAGGUAUCAUUAUUGGCAGGAGCAGAAUGCUGAUGAGACACUCUGGAAGCUCGGUACUCUUCCACCUGCUCUUUUAAGCUUUUAUGGUUUGACAGAACCACUUGACAGAAGAUGGCAUGUUUUAGGAUUGGGUUAUGACCUAAACAUUGACAACCGCCUCAUUGAAAGUGCCGCAGUUAUUCACUUUAAUGGGAACAUGAAACCAUGGCUGAAGUUAGCUAUAGGCAGGUACAAGCCAUUAUGGCACAAGUACAUAAACCAAAGUCACCCCCAUCUACAAGAUUGUGCUGCAGGUUAAAAUGCACUACUUCUCAUUUGCUUAUGGAUUAUGCAAUCUCAGAUUAUUUUGAUCUCUUGAUCUGUGAUUGCGUUGGCCAUUAUUGUAGAGUCAGAAGUAGAAAGUAUUGACUUUGCUAGGAAUUUUGUUUUGUUUUUCUUUUCAUUUUAUUUUUCAAUCAGUGUCUUGAAAUAGAAAAUGAUUACUUUAUACACCAAAGUUUAAAAUGCGUUAGGUAAAAGAGGUGGGAGAAUUCAUAUUUGGCUUUUGGGGCUAGCUUUUCUCAUUCUCCAAGUUGUAGAUUUAUUUGUUCUUUAGUAAUUAUUUGUAAUAAUUAUAAACUCUUUCAAAUAGUGAUGUAAUUGAAUGGAAACAUUUCCCCCUUUUCUCCUUUGAAUUA